AUGGCGAGGCGGCGGCGUCAGGGAGGCCAUCUUGACAAAGGGCACCAGGUGCAGCGUUGGAAUGGAGACAAACGGGGUGCCCCUACUAAAUAUGGGGAAAAAUUUGGACCUAGUCUCAUUCCUAGUGAUACCGAUGACAUGAACCCUCCACUACAGCUUUGUGUAAUGGCAUGCAAAUACUUUAACAGAUGGUGGCAUUGGAAGAAGAUCCAAUGAAACUGCCAUUGCACUAUUGUAGAGUUUGGAUCCCUUCCCUGGAAAGGACAGAAGAAAUUGGCUGAUAUAUAUGGAGCAGAACUGUAUAAGUACACAUACUACAUAGAUCGGAGCUAUUUUCAGAACACUGAAUUCCACAGGGAGAUUGACAUUAUCCAGGGAAUGGUCGAGGAAACUGCUUUAACCAAAAGCCAUUCAUUCCUUCUUCCCAGGGCAGAAAAGAUGUAUUUUCUACUGAAGCAACUAACGGUGGAGAGCAAUGUUCCAGGGGAGCCAUACCGGGACGAGACAGAAGAUGGCACUCGAACAGCACCAGAUGAACAACCAUCACGCUUAGCACCUCCAACAGGGGCGAGAGUUAUAAUCAAAUCGGUGACCACUAGUGAGGAAACCGCUCAGGGCAGGCAGGUUCACAGCAGGGUGGUUGCGGGGCUGAGCUCUCCAACCCAGGAGGUCCCCUGUGGUCCUGCAGCAGCUGAACUGUACGGCCUCUUGUAUGAGGCCUGCAUGAAGAAAUGA